AUGAGGAUUCUCUUCUUCUGCACUGCUUUCAACUCUUUGUCACAACGUGCGUACCUCGCACUCUCAGAGCAGCACUAUGUGACGAUAGAAUAUGCCCUGUCCCAGGAGCUCAUGGUGGAAGCUGCUGAGCUCGUCAAGCCUGACUUGAUCAUCUGCCCGUUCCUGACCACGCUGGUGCCGGCUCAAGUAUACUCAAAAUACCUUACACUCAUUGUUCACCCGGGACCACCAGGCGAUGCUGGCCCCAGUGCUCUAGACUGGCUUCUCAUGGGAGACGACGGGACGGAGCCGGACAGCAAGAAGCUUCUCCAGCGCACUUCUCUGAGCGAACAUGGACGCCCGUACUGGGGCGUCACGGUUCUGCAAGCCACAGCCGACUUUGACAUGGGCCCAGUUUGGGCCUUUGAGCAGUUUGCCGUCGACAUUGACCAGCCAAACAUUACGAAAUCAAGUCUCUACAGAGGACCCGUCACGCGCGCCGCCGUCACCGCCGUGCUCAAGGCGGUUGACCGCAUCACAAUCACCGCCAGCUCGGCAAAAGGCAUCAACGAGCACUCGAACAAAGGCGCCGUCCACCCGAACCUGGUCGCCAACGCCGUCUUUGCCCAGCUCUCCGUGACAACCGGCCAGCUGUUCCAGGGAGGCAAGACGCUGCACCGACCGCUCCUACGCGCCGCCGACCGCGACUUUGAUCCGAGAACCCACACUGCCCUCGAGAUUUCGCGCCGGAUACGAUGCGGAGACUCACAGCCCGGCUGCCUCAGCAGCCUCUUUGGGCCCAAGCUGUAUCUCUAUGGCGGCAUUGUGGACAGUGGCAAGCAGGCCACUGGCUCAGCGCCUGGGUCUGUCAUUGCCAGCCGCGACGAUGCCGUCUGCAUUGCUACGUGCGACGGCAAGGGCGUCUGGAUCACACAUGUUCGGCGCCUCAAGGCCAAGACCGAUGCAUCGUUGUGGCCCAAGGUCCCGGCCGUGCAAGGUCUCAUGGAGCUCUCGGAGCACAGCAUGGGCUAUCCGAACCUGCAGCGUGCCGUGUCGAUGCGCGGACGGCAGCUAUCCUCAGAUGAGGAAUGGUCCAGGGCCACGAGAAGCACGCUCCAGGAUAUCUGGAUUGACUUUGAGCCGGCUUCUGACAAGGAGGGCACGGUCGCAUACGUCUUCUUCGAUUUCUACAAUGGUGCCAUGAGCACGAAGCAAUGCCGACGCUUGCUCCGAGCGCUGCAAUACAUCCUCAACGUGGCCGAGGAAAAAGGUGUCCGGGCUGUUGUUUUAAUGGGAGGCUCAUACUUUAGCAACGGCAUUCAUCUCAACGUCAUCGAGUCCGCGGCCGACCCAGCGCUCGAGUCCUGGUUCAACAUCAACGCCAUCGAUGACCUCGUCUACAGCAUCCUGCACGACUUUCCCAGCCGCGGAAUCAAGACCAUCGCCGCUGUUCGAGGCAACGCUGCCGCCGGCGGCGUUGCUCUGGCCACAUCUUGCGACUUCGUUCUCGCUGGCGAGGACGUCGUCUUCAACCCAGCGUACCGUGCCAUGGGUCUCCAUGGCUCCGAGUUUCACAGCCUCACAUACAACGCCCGAUGCCGCGGAGAAAACGGCAAGCGGAUCCUGCGCGACAUGAUGCCUCUCAGCGCCAGCGCCGCCGGCCACCUGGGGCUCGUCGACCACGUGCUGCCGGGCUGGGGCGCCAAGCUCGAGUCCGCCGUCAAGGCGCAGGUCAAGGCGCUCACUUCGGUGCUGGCCGGCGACGACUUCUUCGACGCGUCGUCGUCUGCUGACGAGCGCCCGCGAGUCUCGUCGGCGCACCACCUAGCCGAGUGGAAGCGCGGCCUGGACCUGUCGAGCGACGCGCUGGCCCGCAUCCGCGCCGAGGAGCUCGCCGAGAUGGCCAAGGACUUUUGGAGCCCGCGCUCGCAGCGGUACCACCCGCGGCGCCACGACUUUGUGCGCAAGACAAAGGCGGCCGCCACGCCCCGGCGCUUUGCCCUGCACCGCAAGUCGGACGGUCUCGUCGACGAGGAGGACGACGACCGCUUCGACUCGGUCGAGUGGUUUGCGAUGAAGAGUAGUGCUGCUCAGCAGCAGCCGCGGCGCGGCGGAAAUGGUGUGGAGGACGUCGCCAUGCCGAAAGCGCCGGAGAAGGUGUAUGCUCGCAGCAGAAACGCGCCGUCGUCGAGCAGCGGCACGACCGACGAGAAGAACUGGGGUGACAAGGAAGCUGUGCCCAAAGCAAAAACUCGAGGAACGAUCUUCUGCUGCUAUUAUGAUGCAGACUAA